CAUUUGAACUGCUGCACAAUGUCGGCGCCGAUGCGAUCACAAGUCUUGAGGGCUUACAAGGAUCUUCUUAAAGCUCAAAGGAAGACCUUCGACGCGGAUGCUGCUCAGAUAAAAAAUGCUCGGCUGUACACUCGCCAACAAUUCCUUCAGCAAAAGGACGAAACAGAUCCUGAAAAACUGGCGAAACUGGUAAAGACGGCACAGCAGGCUGCGGUUAUCAUCCGAAAGAACAUUGUACAAGGUGUAAAGAAAGAGAAAGCCGACGAAACCUAUGUUCUGAAGUUGGAUGAAGAGAAGGAGAUAAACUCUAAUGAUACCAUAAAGCUUGCUGGACAGCGGCAACCUGCCCAACGGACCGGAAAUGCGCCUCAACGGUGCUGUUCAGCAUAAAUAUCAGCAACCGAUAAGUUAUCCUUUUUUAGAUAGAAGUGCGACUGUAUAUAGAAUACUAUUAUUUUAUUCAACCGAAAUGUUACUUCUUUUUCCCUUUCGCA